AUGAACUCUCCAAAGCCAAGAAAUCCUCCUAACCAGCAGUUCUUUCUACCAGACUUAGCAGUUCCAAAGUACGGUGAGGCUCCCAUUUAUCAGAGCCUGAUAAAUGGAGAGCGCUACCUGCCCCGUCGAGAUAGAGACAUGCUUCCACAGUCCACUGCAGAUUCCCAAAAGGGCCAACACACAACGGGAGACCAGAGGAUCUGUGGCUGUAUGCACAGCACCCAAGACCAAGCACUCCACUUGGAAGGGGAGCCCAAUCCUUCUGCAGCCCCAACAUCCACUUUAGCACCUAGGAAAAUGCCCAAAAGCAUUUCAAUAUCCAAACAACUGGCUUCAAUAAAAGCUCUGAGGAAGGGCUCAGAUCUGGAAAAAGCCAUCGCCACUGCUGCUUUGAUUUUCAGAAACUCUUCUGAUCUUGAUGGUAAACUUGGAAAAGCUACUGCCAAAAAUCUGCUGCAAACCCGAUUUCGGAAUUUCACAGAGGGCCAAGAAACCAAAGCAAAAUACAAAUAGCUCCUUUCUGAACUCGACGAGCAUACAGAAAAUAAACUUGAUUUUGAGGAUUUCAUGAUCUUGCUCUUGAGCAUCACUGUAAUGUCAGAUUUGCUACAAAAUAUACGGAGUGUAAAGAUUACGAAAUAAACAGCUUUAAAUAUGUAGUUCGACAAAAUAAUAGCAAAAG